CACGGGAGACCGAGGGAAGCUGUAGUCCUCCACACAAGCAAUGAGACUUUGAAUUUGAAUCGUUUAUUUAAUGAAUAUGCGUUCGUUAUAAACUACAGCAGUAGUCGGUCUUUAAGGUUGUGAGGCUACAUUUAACGUUAGCCGUCUUUGGUAGUAGGUAUGCUAACUCUGUCGCGUUUGACAGGAGAUAACUAGCAAAGCUAACGGUAUAUGCUAACGUUACAUCGACUACAUCGAGGCCUCAUGAUGUAGCAUAGCUAGGUUAAAAUAAGUGAACUAACUUUAGCAGUCAGGCAUUGUUAGUGUUCUAAUAUAACUACGCCGUGAGCAAUUAGCAGAGGUCUGUUAUCAACCUGCCAUGUUUAUCUACCUCAGCAAGAAGAUUGCUAUCCCCAACAAUAUCCAUCUGAAAUGUGUCUCCUGGAACAAAGAUCAAGGCUUCAUUGCCUGUGGAGGAGACGAUGGUCUCCUCAGGGUGCUUAAGCUUGAGAGUCAGACAGAUGAUGCCAAACUUAAAGGUCUUGCUGCACCCUCUAAUCUGUCCAUGAACCAGACUCUAGACGGACACAGUGGCGCAGUACAAGUGGUCACGUGGAACGAACAGUAUGAAAAGCUGACAACCAGUGACCAGAAUGGGCUCAUUAUUGUAUGGAUGCUCUACAAAGGUGCGUGGUACGAGGAGAUGAUCAACAACCGGAACAAGUCGGUGGUGAGGAGCAUGAGCUGGAACGCUGACGGUCAGAAGAUCUGCAUUGUGUAUGAAGAUGGAGCGGUCAUUGUUGGAUCAGUAGAUGGAAACCGGAUUUGGGGAAAGGAGCUAAAGGGAAAUCAGCUUGCUCAUGUGGCAUGGUCCCCAGACAGCAAGAUCCUCCUGUUCGGCAUGGCCAACGGGGAAGUGCAGAUCUAUGACAAUCAAGGAAACUUCAUAGUGAAAAUGACCAUCAGCUGCCUCAGCAAUGCGACCGGAGCGAUCAGUAUAGCAGGUAUCCACUGGUAUUCAGGCACCGGGGGAUACGUUGAACCCGACUGUCCCUGUCUCGCCAUCUGUUUUGACAAUGGGAGAUGCCAGAUCAUGCGCUACGAGAACGAUGAAAACCCCGUGUGUAUUGACACCUUGAUGAAUGUGGUCAGUAUCCAGUGGAAUCAUUGUGGCAGUGUGCUGGCAGUGGCGGGUUCUCUCAGAGCCGCAAAUCAGGACAAAGAGUUCAAUGUUGUGCAGUUCUACACCCCGUUUGGAGAGCAUCUAAGAACCCUCAAAGUGCCGGGGAAGCAGAUGACGGGAGUUGGCUGGGAGGGAGGAGGGCUGCGGAUCGGCCUGGCUGUGGACUCCUACAUCUACUUUGCCAACAUUAGACCAGACUACAAGUGGGGCUACUGUUGCAGCACAGUGGUGUACGCCUACACAAAGCCAGAGCGGCAGGAGUACUGUGUGGUGUUCUGGGACACCAAAAACAACGAGAAGUUUGUCAAAUAUGUCAAGAGCUUGAUGUCCAUCACAACUUCCGGGGACUUCUGCAUCCUGGCCAGCAAAGCGGAUGACACCCAGCCUCAGGAGGAUGCUGAGUUAGAGUCUGGGAGUCAUGCCAGGUACGUCCUGAUUCUGUGCAACUCCAUUGGGACUCCACUGGACUCCAAAUACAUCGACAUUGAUCCACUAUUCGUCACUAUGACCAAGACUCAUGUGAUCGCUGCAUCCAAAGAGGCGUUCUACCUGUGGCAGUACAGAGUGGCAAAGAAACUGACCGCGCUGGAGAUCAACCAGGUGACCAGAACCAAGAAGGAGGGGAGAGAGAGGGUUUACCACAUUGACAGCAAUCCUUCAGGAGCCAAUGAGGGCAGUCCAGACUUGGCAAAAGCUUUCACAGCAACUCGCGAUCCCAUUUGUUCUAUUACAGCAACAGAUAAGACUCUGAUUGUGGGCCGUGAGUCUGGCACCAUCCACAGAUACAGCCUCCCAAAUGUUGUUCUGCUCCACAAAUACACUCUGAACAACAGAGCCUACUACCUGUCUUUGAACUGCAACUCCAGUCGUCUGGCCAUAAUCGACAUUGCAGGCGUUCUGACUCUGUUGGACCUGGAUGUUCGGACCUCUGGGGACGACGGCACGGGGAACCAGGCGUCCGCAGGAGACCCGUCCAAGUUUGAGCGUAAGGAUGUUUGGGACAUGAAGUGGGCGAAGGAUAACCCUGACCUGUUUGCCAUGAUGGAGAAGACCAGGAUGUACGUCUUCAGAAAUCUAGACCCAGAGGAACCCAUCCAAACGUCUGGAUACAUCUGCAACUUUGAAGACCUGGAGAUCAAAUCGGUCCUGCUGGAUGAAAUUAUGAAGGAUCCAGAGAGACCAAACAAAGACAACCUCAUCAACUUUGAAAUCCGCUCCCUGAGGGACAGUCGUGCCUUGAUAGAGAAAGUCGGGAUAGAAGAUGCCUCGCAGUUCAUUGAAGACAAUCCUCACCCAAGAGUCUGGCGUCUUCUGGCAGAGGCGGCCCUCCAGAAGCUGGAUCUGAAGACGGCUGAGCAGGCCUUUGUGCGCUGCAAAGACUUCCAGGGCAUCGAGUUCGUCAAACGGCUGGGCAACCUGCAGAGCGAGCCCAUGAAACAGGCCGAGGUGGCCGCCUACUUCAGCAGGUUCGAGGAAGCCGAGCGCAUGUAUCUGGAUAUGGAUCGCAGGGACCUUGCGAUCAGCCUGAGGAUGAAGCUGGGGGACUGGUUCCGGGUGCUCCAGCUGCUCAAAUCGGGCUCCGGGGACUGUGACGACGCUCUGCUGGAGCAGGCGUACAAUGCUAUCGGGGACUACUUUGCUGACAGACAGAAGUGGGUCAACGCGGUGCAGUACUACCUUCAAGGUCGUAACCAGGAGAGGCUGGCAGAGUGCUACUACAUGCUGGAGGACUAUCAGGGCCUAGAGAAGCUGAGCACUCUGCUGCCAGAGAACCACAAGCUAUUACCCGAAACCGGACAGAUGUUUGCCACUGUGGGCAUGUGUGAGCAGGCUGUGAAGGCUUACCUGAAGUGCAGCCAGCCCAAAGCUGCCGUGGACACCUGCGUCCAUCUGAACCAGUGGAACGAAGCAGUGGAACUGGCCAGGACUCACAACAUGAAGGAGAUCAAAUCUCUUCUCUCCAAGUACGCUUCACAUCUUCUGGAGAAGAGUAAAACUUUAGAGGUGGUGGAGCUCUAUCGGAAAGCCCACUAUUUUCUCGAUGCAGCCAAACUCAUGUUUAAGAUAGCAGACGAGGAGGCGAAGAAAGGGACGCGCCCCCUGCGGGUGAAGAAGCUCUACGUGCUCGCAGCGCAUCUCGUAGAGAGUUACCACGAGCAGGUGAAGACGUCCCAGCAGAGCAAAGCCAAAGGGAAGAAGUCUGAGGCAACAACUGCACUUGCCGGGCUGCUUGAGGAAGAUGCCUCCUCUUCAGAUAAUCGUAUCGUGGACAAUGCGUGGCGCGGAGCCGAGGCCUACCACUUCUUCCUGCUCGCUCAGAGGCAGCUCUACGACGGCUACCUGCCCAACGCCAUGACCACAGCCCUUCACCUGCGUGAGUAUGAGGACAUCAUCCCGGCGGUGGAGAUCUACUCGCUGCUGGCCAUUUGCUGCACGGCCAACCGGAGCUUCGGACAGUGCUCGCAGGCCUUCAUCAAGCUGGAGUCCCUGGAGAGCCUGGGCCCCGUGCAGCGGCAGCAGUACGAGGACCUGGCCCUGGAGAUCUUCACCAAGCACAACAGCAGCGGGGCGGAGCUGUUCCCGUCCUCCGAGGGGGCAGAUGGAAAAUUACCCACCUGCAUUGUGACGGGGCUCCCGAUCCAGGAGUACCAGUUCUGGAUGUGCAGUGUGUGUAAACACUGCGCUCAAGGGCAGGAGAUCACCAAGUAUAACUGCUGCCCCCUGUGUCACAGUGCUACAGCGUGAAGCUCCAACUGAGGAGCAAAAUGUGUUUUAUGUUAAGUGAGCUUCACUACAUCUUUUAGAAUCCACUCAGAUGUAUUUCUUCUAUCUUAAAUUAUGUAAAAUACUUAAAUGAACAAACCUACAUUGUUUACUUUUUUAUACGAAAGUACUGCGAAUAAACUGUCACAUUCAUACAACUCAAAA